AUGAUACUGCUUCAUCAUUUGGACUCCUUCACCUCAGCUGACACAUUCAACAGCACACAGGUUUUUGUAUCACUCUCUCUCACUGUGGGAGGCAGAUGGUACGAGAUCUUUGGCUCAGGAACUAAACUGUUUGUAACAGAUGAGCAGGUAGUGAAGCCCGUGGUGAGCGUGUACCCAGCAGCAUCCAGAGCCCACCUGGAGGGGAAGAGCUCCCUGCUGUGUCUGGCCUCAGCCAUGUUUCCUCCUCUGGUCCGCUUCUCCUGGAAAAGACAAGAGGAGAAUGGACCUCUGCUCCCUGCUGAGGGAGAGCAGCUGGAGCUCAGAGAGUCGGGACGCACCGCCGCCAUCUUGCUGAUCCGUCAGCAAGAGAUCGGUACAUAUAAAUACCGCUGCUCCGUCCAGCACCAGGGGGGCACAGUGGAGGCCCAAACACAACAAGAGGUUUCCUACUUUCCUGUCGUGACUUUCCAGUCCAGGGUGAAGCUGCUCUGUGUGCUGUACACAGUGCUGAUAGUGAAGAGUCUGGUGUACUGCUGUGGACUCUCUCUGCUGAUGAUCCUCAGAAACAAGGGACCGUCCACCAACUGCACACAUGCUGACUGACUGUUUUCUGCUCGCCUUUUCUCACCAUCAAAUCUCAUCAAUUCAUCUCAUUUAUCACUUUGAUCAGUCUUCACAAAUAUCACUUAUGACGUCUUGUGCUUGGUUGUAAAUUUUAUCUUUUUAUGCACAAGUUAGAUAGAGUCAUCCUCAACAUAUAAACACACACACACACACACACACACACACACACACACAUAUAUAUUUGCAAGCGUAAAUUCUGUCUUGUGUUAUUUUAAUACUUCAGUUUGUUUCCACUUUUAAAUUUGACUUGUAUAAUAACAGAAAUUGAAUCUGAAUCAUGAGCUGUCUGUCAGAUAUUUUAUUGUUUGUAGUAUUUCUUCUGUUCUUGUGUUUCUUUUUAAUACAUUCUGCAGAGUGUGGCAGGUUUGUCAAAUUCUUUCAGUGUCACAUUCUCAAUAAAGUGAAAAAUCAAA